ACUGUUCAGCCGAUUAGGGCUUCAGUGACCAGACCACUGACUCAGCCACGUACUUCCAGACUAUACUGACUCCGUCACACCCCCUCCCUGCGGAGUCAGCAAAUGGUGGCAGAUGAUGAUCGCCAAAACCUGCUGACUCACCCGCUGGCAAUCAUCAGCGCACACCCCUCCUGUAUCCGCUAUGCACCUAUUGCCAAAAUUGCCAUGGCGGGGGCAGUUGCGUGGUCUGUCGCGGCUGUCGCGGCUGUCGCCGUAAUCAUCGUGAUCUUCAGAUCUACAGGCUGACACUACAGGCUGACACUACAGGCUGACACUACAGGCUGACACUACAGGCUGACAGUACUAGUACAGGCGUUCCGUCAGCAGCCAGUCCCAUUCCAUCUUCGCAUCAACACCGCCGCUGCGUCAGUUUAGCAUGGGGAAAGACUUUUUUUUUAGGCGCCUAAAAAAAUGGUCUCAGUACAGCGUCGGGAAAGACUUCCAGUCUAUUGGUCGGCGCCGCACGGCUGGCUGACAGGCUAGCGAACUUUCAGACCAUGGUUCCUAGGGCUUCCAGCAUCAUUUCCGCACGGGGGGCUCAAUUCCGUGUCCGCAGGCUCGGCAAGGACAACCCAAGGCACGGAAUUCAGCCCUAGUGAGUCGCGGAGAGGUUCGGAUCGGAAAGCCGAAAUGACGUGUUCGUUGGUGAGGGGAGCCGUUGCGGCAGGGGCUGUGGUGCGGUGCAGACCGUGCAUUCUCAAUGCCCAUGCCCAUCCCUUAUGGGUGCGGUGCGGUGCUGCAUGGAUUCGAUCCGGUGGGUGGGAGGAGCCUACACUACAUCCGCUGUAGCCCUCGCCUGUGGUUUCCCGGUCUCCUAGCCCAUCUUCCCUGCUGCAAUGCACACAUUUCUCGCACAUCUCCGGCGGUGCAUAUGAGCUUCUGUCGAAGCACUAGACCUGGCGAAGCACAACCACGCUGUUGGAACACUAGACCUGGUAGUGCCAACAGCCACUCCCCGGCCGAGAUAAGCCAGACAAGCUAACUCUUUGUCGCGCAUACAGUCGUUUUCUGGGGAAAAAAAAAAACAUCAUCGGAACCCGAGCCACUCCCCCAGAUUUUCUGGGAAGCAUCGGAACUUGAAGCCGUAAACCUCUGAGUAUAUCGUAUGCAGUCUGCUGCUCUUGCGACGGCGAAGAUGGAGCGGCGGAGGGUUCCGCAGCGCACGCUGACGCUCUUAGGGCUCUGGCUCUGGCUCGCCGUCCUCGUUAUGCUGGCCACUGCACUCUUCGGGAUGGUCAACGCCGCGCCGUUCAAGGCCACGCAAGCGGUGUUUCUCCAGGACUGCCACGAGGCUUGGGGGACGACGUUCUUAGGGUGGACCCAGAAAUCCGACUGUGACUCGGCUGAAGGUCUCAGCUGUGACGCUUCAGGCAUGAUUACCGAGAUGUGAGUGCAUGCCUUUCUACCGUUCUACCUCCAGGCAUGCCUUUCUACCGUUCUACCUCCAGGCAUGCCUUUCUACCGUUCUACCUCCAGGCAUGCCUUUCUACCGUUCUACCUCCAGGCAUGCCUUUCUACCUUUCUACCUCCAGGCAUGCCAUUCUACCUUUCUACCUCCAGGCAUGCCUUUCUGCCGUUCUACCUCCAGGCAUGCCUUUCUACCUUUCUUUGAAUCAUGCCUGAAGCGUCACAGGUGAGACCUUCAGGAUGGAAUGGGCUUUCACGUCAAGAAGGCUUUCUUUGAAUCCGUUGCCUGCUGAAUCAGCGCCAUGUGCUCUGUGUUCCUUCCUAUGGUAGCAGCAAAGAUUGUUUUUGUGUGAUUUUCGUUUUAUAGUUGCCCGAAAGCUCGCACCACGCACAACUGUGCCCACUAUUCUCAACUCCGCUCCUCUUUUAAUUUAACACACACCAUAUAGAGCUUUGUCUUCCAACGCUCUUAGUGGCUCCCUACCUGACAGCCUUUCCACGCUCACGGCACUGACAUGGCUAGAUAUGAGGUACAACAGCCUUUCCGGGUCUAUUCCAGCUGGACUUGUAAACCUCGUUUCAUUGGAGUACAUAAAUCUGUGGGGUAAUCGGCUUAACGGGCCAAUUCCAAAUGGAAUCGGGAACCUCACUCGGAUGGUUACGCUUUAUCUCCCGUCCAACUCUUUGAUCGGCUCCAUUCCCGACAGCAUCACCAAGCUCACUCGGCUUGAAUCUCUGGACCUGUGGAGUAAUCACCUCACUGGGUCAAUUCCAGCUGGAAUUGGAAACCUCGUUUCAUUAACGCACAUGUAUCUCUCCACCAACUAUUUGAGUGGCCCCCUUCCCGUCAGCAUCUCAAGGCUCACUAAUCUCGGUUCUCUUCAUGUGGAUGCGAAUAACCUGACUGGGACCAUUCCGGCUUCUCUGGGCAGACUGCAAGCGUUGAGGGACCUCAACAUCGAGAUCACAGCCCUCGUGUGCCCUGCUCACCAGUCCAACUGCACCAUUAGCCAAUAUCCAAAUACGGUCUUCUGCCAGACAUGCUCCUCCUUCUGCUCUUGUGGUGACAACAAGGGCACAGCAGCAUCCGGAGGGGGCCCCAACAGCACCAGCACUAGCAAUAACAAUUCUUCCUCAACGGCAUCUGCCGGAGGAGGAGGACCCAAUGGCACCAGCAGCACUAGCAGUAACAAUUCUUCCUCAACGGCAUCUGGCGGAGGAGGAGGACCCAACGGCACCAGCACUAGCAGCAAGGAUACUGCCUCAACAGCGGCAUCUGGAGGAGGAGGAGGUGUAUCAGUGGGAGUCAUCAUCGGCAUCGCUGCUGCUGCUGUUGCUGUGGUCAUUCUCCUGCUUCUGGGCGCCGGGCUGCUCGUCUUCAGCAGGCACAGGAUGUUGCAGCAGCAGAAGCCAAAAGACUUGGGUGAUAGUCUGGCUGCUGCACACUGCACCGAGUUUUCUUUUUCUGAAGUCCUCCAAGCCACCGACAAUUGGACGGCGGAGAAUCAGCUUGGUUCGGGUGCCUUUGGUGAUGUGUACAAGGGUGUGUCUCCCCGUGAUGGCACCACAGUGUGGGCUGUGAAGCGCGCCAAGCUGAUCGACAUGGACUUCCAAAGGGAGAUCCUUCAAAUGGCCGACAAGAACCAUCAUAACAUUGUGCGCCUGCUGGGGUUUGCGGUGGGAGGGGAUAUAAGGUCAAAAAUCGAGCAGAUCUUGAUCUACGAGUUUGUGCCCAACGGUGACCUCCACAGGUGGAUCGAUCCCGAAGCAUCCAACCCGCUGAGCUUCAAGCAGCGGAUGGACAUUCUGAUAGGCAUUGCACGUGGCUUUGAGUACCUCCACAGCUUCGGCAUUGUACAUCGCGACAUUAAACCUGCCAACAUCCUCAUCACUGCUGACAUGCAGGCCAAGAUUGCAGACUUCGGACUUGUGAGGGCAGGAGAGGGCACCACAGUGGGCACUACUCGAAUUAUGGGAACACCAGGCUACGUGGAUCCUGUUUACACCAAGACAUCUAAGGCAACUUUCGCCAGCGAUGUCUACAGCUUUGGUGUGCUCAUUCUGGUGGUCCUCACCGGACAGGCUCCACUCAUGGAGUCUUGUGGAGAGACCCGGCAAAUCACAUCGUGGGCAUCCGAUUGUGUGUCCUCGGGUCACUUGGGGGGCCUCAAGGACCCCAAGAUGGACGCCCCUGGGGAUGCUGUGCUGCGGGUGGUUUACCUGGCAGUCAGCUGCACUGAGGAGCGCACUGCAAGCCGGCCAAGCAUGGCUCACGUUGCCAACGAGCUGCAGGCCAUCAGGGAUGAGGUGGCGGGGAAAGACGAGCUGCGUGCUGCUGUUAAGGUGGACGCUCAGCUCCUCGAGAUGAAGAGUACCUUCAAAGGCGUUACAAGUUUCGAGGAUGAACUCAGGAUGAUUGGAGAGAGCUUCUCCAAUGAGGACUAAGUCAAACCCCGCCAUGGGUGUGCUACUUCGCCAAGUCUCCUUUCCCACUGUUACUGUUCCCUGCCCUAUUCUCUCUGUUCCAUCCCUUAGACUCUCGCUGUCUUGUUCCCUGCAUUAGUCUCUCUCCCUGCCUUGGCCUCUCUCGCUGCUUCCGACUUAGUCUCUCAAUGUUCUCACCCAUAGUCUCUCUCGCUGUUCCCACUCAUAGUCCACGGAAUCUCGCCACUCUCUACCCAGUUUGCCUCGUGUCCUGGUACUACCUCUCCACAUCACCCCACCUUCUGCUCCCUCCCCCUUUUCUCGCAAGAGAUCUCGCUACUCUACAAGCCAUUCGUUCCUCGGCUAGAUCCGAGAGCGUCAUGCUGCCCAAUCUGCUUGUUUCUCUGUUGCUGCAUCCAUGUUUCUUUUAGAAUAGUAGCAGACAGCAUGCUCAGGCUGUCAGAUGUUUCUGGAUCACGCCUUGUUCAAGUCACUUCAGAACACAAGGAAUAAAUGAGGGGUUUUCUA